UCAACAUCACACGACACGGUUGUUUGCGUCGUCGGCUGGUCGUGGAAGCGAAAGCAGAAAUUAUCAUCGCUCUGCUCUGCAAGUGAAGUAAAAACAACAAAGAAUUUUGCUGAGCACGGUAUCAAAAAAGCUAUCGUUUCACAUUCCGAGUAGAUACGCUAAACUAAAACAAAGGAUGAAAGUCUUGCUGCUUGGGCUGAUAUCCUUGGUGUACAGUGUCAGUGCUGUCCCUGUGGAUGGUAAUGAACCUGUUCACUGGGCUCUUCUGGUGGCUGGAUCCUCAGGCUGGUACAACUACAGACAUCAGGCUGAUGUUUGUCACUCCUACCAGGUUCUGCACAAUCAUGGCAUUCCUGAUAGCCACAUAGUGGUAAUGAUGUAUGAUGACAUUGCCAACAAUAAAGAAAAUAAAAUGCCUGGUAUUAUUAUCAACCAUCCUAAUGGGUCUGAUGUAUACGCUGGUGUGCCCAAGGAUUACACUGGGGAGGAUGUGACACCAGACAACUUUCUUAAGGUCCUACAGGGAGAUAAGAGUGGGAUGACAGGCAUAGGCAGUGGCAAGGUCAUAGAGAGUGGACCCAAUGACAAUGUUUUUGUCUACUUCUCUGAUCAUGGAGCCACAGACCUCAUUGGUUUCCCAUCAGCAGAGCUCAUGGAGACAGACCUUAAACAGGCACUGGAGAACAUGUCAAAGCAGGAUAAAUUCAAGAAGUUUGUGUUUUAUUUAGAGGCUUGUGAAUCUGGUUCCAUGUUUGACAACUUCAAAAUCAAGGAUCUCUAUGUGACAACGGCAUCAGCACCAGAUGAAUCCUCAUAUGCUUGCUACUUUGAUGAUAAACUGGGUACUUUUCUUGGGGAUGUGUACAGUGUGAGAUGGAUGGAGGACUCAGAUAAGGCAAACUUCAAUACGGAAACCCUCCUGAAGCAAUUCAAAGCCAUCCGAAGAGAAACCAACACGAGUCAUGUUGAAAAAUACGGAGACCUGUCUAUUGAUAAAGAUACCCUCGGAGAGUACCAAGGAUCGGGGUCAAAGUUCAACAAUGUUCAGGUUGUUGACCUUGCCGAUAAACCAUUAGGAGCAGUCCCAAGUCCGGAGGUUCCCAUGGCAAUCUUACAUCACCGGUUAAUGGCCGCCAAAGAUCCAAGUCAACGCAAUGAAAUUCUCCAGAAAAUAGUUCAACUCGGACAGGCACAACAAAAGAUGAUGUCAGUUCUACAGUCUACUGUCUCAACACUUCUUGAUGGAGAUCUUGUAGAUAAGGCGAUGUCCAGACAAGGUGUUCAGGUGACAAACUGGGACUGCUACAAGACGUCUGUUCGUUACUUCUCAGACAGAUGUUUCCCAUUCAAGGAGAAUGACUUUGCCCUCUCACUGAUGUACAUCGUAGCUAAUCUGUGUGAGCGACAAGAGGUGUCUACAGAUAUGAUACUGUCAUCUUUUGAUAAGCACUGCAAGUAAAAUCCUAGACAUCAAUGAUCUACUUCUGGCUGCAACAAAGUGAGUAAGCUGUGGACACCUGAAACACUUUGGAUUUUAAAGAUCAUAAUUAGUUUUCUUUAAGUACUUUUGUAACAACUCAACCUAAUUCAUUUCAACUAAACUCUUUAUUCAAACUACUUGUAAUUGUGCUGUAAAGCAAAGGAGUCUGCCUCUCACAUCUAUUUGUCAUUUUGUGGCUAUUCAUAUUUUGCUAUUGAACAUACAAUAUUGAAAUAGAGAAUGUUUAAGCUUAUAACUACACUUUCUACAGGUCAUUGAACUGGCCUCUUGUGGUUGAACUUAACAUCAUUAAAGGGAGGUACACGUUUUGUAAUUACUCAAAACAAAUAUUAACUUAAAAACUGACUUGGUAACGGGCAUUGGAGAGCUGGUG